CUUCAUAAACCUCUCCACAUUUUGCAACCGCGGCUGUUGAGGAGCGCGCUGGAAGCGGAAGGACUGCGCUCCUUCUGGAGUGAUCAUGUCAAAUCUGGAACGGGCUUUGCUUCACGCCGCAUAACCCCAACUGAGCUCUCCCCACUUCCACAAACAGGGAUGUUGUCACGCAAUCGGUUGCGAAGGUCGGUUCCAGCAGAACAGUGAGGACACCGCUCGUUUACCAUGAGCUGUUUGGAUGUUAUGUAUCCAGCCUAUGGACAUUACGCACCGUACGCACCGACUGCUCCCGCUUUUAUCAAUAGCUUACAGGCUCCUUCAGGUCUGAGCAGCUCUGCGCCCAACAGUCGGGAUUUUAUGGAACCUUCCAGCGUUCCCGAAGGGAUGUCUGGGGGCCCAGGCACUGGAGGAUCAACUUCCUCCUCAUCUUCGUCCAGUUCUUCUUCCUCCUCCUCUUACACACCUGCAUACCGAGGCCAGCUGGAGGGCCCCAAGGAGAAGCAGGAGGGCCCCGAGGCAGAGUACCUGACUUCUCGCUGUGUGCUCUUCACUUACUACCAUGGAGACAUCAGCAGCGUGGUGGACGAGCACUUCUCCAGGGCUCUCAGCUCCUACAUGGAUGGAGAGGGCAAACGGCGGGCGCCAGAGCAACAGGGCACAGAAACUUCUUCCUCUAACAGUCGGCGCAGCUUCCCCCCGUCUUUCUGGGACAGUAACUACACGUCACCUCAGAGUCGCCCCCACUGUGAGACCAGCGCCCCAGCUUAUUCCAUGGACCCGUACGCGUCGGCGCUGCAUCCAGGCCUGUCACACCCGCAUACUCACCCCCACCCACACGCCCACACUCAUCCCCACCCCCACCCACCGGAGGGCUGGGGGUACCCUCAGGCCCAAGCCUAUGGCCCCCCUCGACCUCUACAUGAACUGUACUCGCCGUCGGCCCUGGAGUCUCACUACGGGGGUCUGCUCGUGCCCACUGUGAGACCACCUCAUCUUCCCACCUUGCCAAGCCACUAUGAAGUGGGCAAGCUGGAGCCCACCACCUCCUGGCCGAGCCUGCUGCCCCCUGGAGAUGUCAGCCAGACGCUGGCUCUCAACAUGGAUGCAGGUCUCCAGCAGCACAAGAAAGGCAAGGAGCUGUACUGGUUCUAACGAGCCCUUCAGUAACACUGACCUGCCAUUACCAGACCCAAUUAGUCCCUGGAUCUGCUCUGCUUUUCAAGCAUUGUGUCCUUUCACUCCCACCCCACACAUUCACACACCACAUCCCCAUCCACCCCCUUCUUUCUGCCUUUAGCCUCCCCUGCCAGUACACGGCCUUGCUCCAGGUCGACAUGUGUGCACCAUGGAGAUAAAGAAGCGAGGGAACGAGGGAGAGAGGCCCAGCAUCUGAACUGGCCAUGGUGUGCACCAUCGUUGCUCCCUCUCCUCCAGCUCUGAAUCCAGUUGUUCUGGCAGGAUGAGGGCCACGGUGACCUGUUUGGAUUGGGAAACAGGAUCACAGCAGACUUUUGCAGCUGGGGGAGAAAAAAAAAGACAGAGGGGUACAGGGAUGAAUCACAGCGUGAAGGGAUUUCUUCCAACCUUCCUGGUUAUCUCAGUCUCAUGCUCUGUGUUGCUACAGUCAUUGUCAUUAUCCACUUAUCUGCAUUUCACAAAUGCAAUGUGCAGCAAUAUCCAAGAGCAGAAUUCAUGGAGGUUAGUGCUUUGUGACAGUCAUCACAAGGCCUUUAAAAAAACAAGACAAAAAACAAACAAAACAAACAUUUCUUUUAAAAUAAAGUGUUUUUAUUUAUCAGUGUUAAUGUUUAUUUUUAAUAUGAUUGCUUGGCCAGUGUUCUGAGAUUCUUGUGGUUCAGUUGAUGUUUUUAAAAGUGGACAGUUAUAGAUCAGCCAGUGAAAUGUGGUUUUGGUGUAGUUUCUCAAGGAUAUUGUUUCAAAUGCUGUCAGAUCAUAUUUAUCCAUGAACACGCUGAGAGAAGGUAGUAUUUUUAAUAUGAAGAUGUUCCAUUUUAGUUCAAAAUUUCAGGGUUUUCUUUCCUUUUAUUGUGGUUUUGAAUUUGGACUUCUUGAAUAUUUUUUGGUUUUUCCGUGUGUGAAUUAUUUCUCAUUUUUGUGUCCCAGAAAAUUUUAUUGUCAAUAAAUAUUUUUAUGGUUAAUUACCACAUCUCCUGAAUGAUUACAGUAAUCGUCCUUGUGCAAAAGGCUUUAAUUCUCCCUCAUUUCCUUGUAUUUUCCUUCAGAACUCGCUUGCGUUUCACAAAGAUAUUUUUGCCGAAUAGUUUCUUUGAACACAGACAAAUACUUUUUUCCAGUUAAAGCUUUGUUCAAAUCCCUUUCUUUCUGCAGAACAUACAUUUUAUCCCUGAAGAAAUGGGCUUUGAUAAACUUCUGCCCAGUGUGUAAGUCACUUUUUACUCACUGUUGGAACAGGAAUGGAUAGCUGAAGCUACAUUUGGUCAUUUUUAUAGAUUAAAAUAAAUAAAUAUGACCUUAUUAUGAGUAGAAUCAACAAGUUACAAGCACAUAUAGAUUUAAAAUAAGUUCUUUGGAAAUGUGUUUAUUGUGUGCACAUAAACUUUGUCCAUGUCUUGUGUUUGUAAGUAUUUUUGAUAAUUGAAUAAGGUGACAAUAUUGAUUAAGAAAAUAUUUAAUUUAGCAUAAGCAACAUAUGCUAAACUGAAGAUAUCAGAUCAGCUUCUCAAAUUCAGGGAAUGCACAGAUGUUUGUGUCCCUGAGACGGUAGCAGAGCCAGAUGUGAUCACGGUUUUACUUCCAGACUCAACUCAUUUAAAAGGCCUUCCAUUUGAAUUCCUGCUCGCAUUCACACUUUGUCACCUACAAAGUGAGAACGAGUGCUGAAUGGCAGCAAUGUGCAACGCGAGAGGAAGCCAGCUAUCCGAGCAAUGCUUCAAAUGUUGCUCUGUUAUUGAUCCAAUAAUCAGAUUACGCAGUUUGCAAAGUAAAGCCUGAACCAAGCGGACUGCCGCAUUUUAGAGGCUGAUACAUUAUUUUUGACUCGCAGUGUGAGAGCAGCCAGCAGUGUGAAUGACUAAGCUGAGGAGAUAUGCAGGGUAAUGAAAUUAGACGAGUUUACAAGAGACAGCUUUCCCUCUUAGUUUCCAAUUCCAAACACAUCGUUGCUUUAUUAGAAGGACGUUUCUUUCCGCUUUGGAUCCUUCAAGAGGUCCAGCAUUUAAUCUGAUUGAUUCAGUCUAACAGAUCUGAGAGAGGAAGUAGGAGGAGGCCGUUCGUAUAAAAUCAUGUUAAUAUAAAUUUAGAGUGUUUUCUAAACUGAUCUAUAUCGUGUGUGAUGCUUUGGAAAUGCUGCCAUCUUCUGGUGUUUUCACAAUAAAGCAACAGUUAGCACUUUUUGCGUUGCACUCUGAUCAGUUGUAAGUUGUUGCAACUAUUAUAUGUAAAAUAAUGUUAAAAUUACUGUUGAGUUCUCAGCAUUAAGGUAAUUCAUGUUGGUUUUAUUAGUACAAAUUUAAUAUACACGUACUGCUCACUUUAUUAGGAAGACGUGUUCAAAAUGUUUGAUCAAGACUAAAUUAUAAUGCCAAAACAGAAAGUUUUACCAAGCAAUUUUUGCCUACUUUUUAGUACAAAUAUCUUAGUACACCUGAAAUAAGACAAAACAAACUUACAAGUACCUUUUCAACAAAAUAUUCGAGCUUGUUUUAAGUCAUAAAUUCCUUGGCAGAUUAAAAAGUACUAUUUCCAUUGACAGAUUAUUUCACUUACAACGAAACCCAUGUUAUAAGUGAUCUAAUCUGCCAAUUGAUCAAGUUUAAAGAUUGAUAUAGAUGAGUUUGUGUAUCCUAUUUAAGUGUUGCCUUGAGAAAUGCUGCCAUCUCCUGGUGGUUUCUUAACACAGCCAGUUAGAUCAAGUUAUAAUGAUAAUGUCUUUUACCGUGUUGCCUAUUUCACUGUGAAAUGCUGUCAUUUAUAUAUUGGUGUUAAUGUUUGACUUAACAAUAUUUUGUCAAAAACUAAUUCAAAUAGGUUUCCAGCGACUAGAUAAGAGAUUUCAAUAAAUGUACUCCUUUGUGUCCUAAUAUUCCUGCUGACUGCCUGUAAUCUGAGAAGUGAGAAGAUAAUUUAAUGAGUCAUAUUAUGGUUUAGAUUAUAAUUUUUUUUUUUUUUACUAUAAUCAUCCAAAGAAGAAGUUAGCAAUAAUUCCCAGCAUUUCCUGAGAAUAACUUGCCAGUUAGUUUUAGUCACAGUUUACAGUCAGACAAUUUCUGAAAUAUAACACCUGCAACAGAGCGGGUCAUAUGAUCAUUCAGUGGAGGAAGUCACAUGAUAUAACACACAUUUAAAAACAACUCAUUUCACAGAGCUUUAAAAUAAGGACGGGGAAUUUGUUUAAGAAACUUUAAUGGUGGCAAAAAAAAAAAAAUGUGGUAAGAAAUGUGUCUUGCUUGUUGCCAUUUAUUAAUUUAGGAACAGAUAUGAUGUGUCAGCCAUGUGCUAGACAACAUAAGAGGAAGGGGAAAUUACGGGAAAGGAAAUUCUUCUUUUGCUGUACCGUAAGCCAGUUUCAGUUUUGCCUCCGGAGAACAAACUCAGUAUUUCCCCUAAGCUUGUGUGGAGACGCCCUUAAACACAUUCUCCAACCACUUCCAAGUUUAUAUAAACCUUUGAUCCAUGAAACUGGACAGAAUAAAUGUGUUUUUUUAUCUA